AUGGGUGAAGGCUGGGGCCCCGGAGGUUCGCUCGGGGGAGACCGGCCCGGUAUGGGCAGUUGCGAGUCCUUCUUCUUCGGGCCGGAGCCCGCCGCAGUGGAGGGAGCGAACGGUCAGAUUACGAAAGGCUUGCGUGUGCAGACUCAGUACACCAUCGAAGAAGGUGGCGACGGCCGAUGGUACAUGGGAACCGUGAAAAGGCUAUAUGCUGGCAAUAAGUGCGCCAUUCGCUAUGAUGACGGUGACAGCUGGACCGGGAAUGCCCGGGACGUCUGGUCCCUGAACGGACCGCCCCCAGGCGCACCACCGCCGGGCAUGCAGAUGGGCGUACCAAUGGGCAUGCCUGUGGUGCAAGGAAGAGGAACCAUCCUGUUCGAGCAAGAAAAGGCACGCAUCGCGGCGCCCAUGCACAGCCUGAUCAGGAUAGGUCUAUGGGAGGAAGGCACCCUGUUUUUCGCCAUUGGUCGCAGUGCGGGGAGUGCUCCCCAGGCAGCGGCGAUUCGCACUCCUGACCUCGAGAAGGGUGUGCUCGACAUCAUGGACGCCCUGAUCAUCGCCAAGGCGAACCCCUUCGUCAAGGACACGGAGGGCUACACGGUGAUGGACCUGGCGCUUGCCAGUGGCGACGAGGAGGUGAUCGACACCAUCCGAAACUUUGUUGGCGACCUCCGGAGACAAGAUCACCCUCACCUGAGGAUGAUGGAAGAAAACAUGAUCGAUGAGGCCGGCCUCGCCCGAGACGACACCGAGGCAAAGCAGCGGCGGGAGUUCCUGGAGCCUGAGGAGCAGGAGGAAGCCACUCGUCAGAAGGUCGUCAUCCAAGAGGAGACGCUGACUGAAUACUUUGCCACGCUCGGUGAGAUCGCGCGCAACGUUUUCAAGAAUCAGAUCUUCCAGGCGUUCAUGCUCUUCUGCCUCUUCGUCGCGUUGUUUGUCGCCGACGUUUUCGUCAUUAUCAACGUGUCCAACGAUGCCGUGCUGGAUGCCGUGCUGGUGGUCUUGAUGGCCGCUUUCUUGUGCGAGUUCGUGGUGCAGCUCCUUGCAUAUCCGAGGGGAUAUACUUGCUCCUUCUACUUCUGGAUGGACCUCCUCGGCAUCCUCUCUGUGCCGCUAGAUCACUCUUUGGUUGUAAACGCGCUGCCCAGCGGCCUGGACAGCAACGCGGUGGUGAUGCGAGCGGCGCGCAUGGCCAAGCUCGGGGCCAGGGCCGGCCGCUUCACGAAGCUGGUGAAGCUGUUACGCUUCCUGCCUUUCAUGCAGCAGACAAGUUCGGGCGGCACCGCCAGGGUAAUCUCCGCAACGUUAAACGUUGCGCUUUCCAUGCGAGUGUCACUCUUGAUUAUCUUGAUGGUGCUGGUUCUGCCGCUGUUCUCCCUAGCCACCUUCCCAGAGAACGACUUCUCCAUGCGCAUGUGGGUGGAGACGGUGGGCGACACCGCGACCCUGGAGGCGCAGUACCUGGAGGAAGUGCUCUUGAACUUCACCACGUUCUAUGCCAGCAGCAGCUACUUUCCUUUCCAGGUUUCUGUGGACUACGGGAACGGCACGGUGGUGACACGGGCGUUGAGGUCAGAAACCCCCGCCCGGUCACGUGCGUCUUUGAGCAUUCAGGCGGCCAGCAGCUCUACCAUGGCCUCCUUCGACUUCACCCAACCCCAGCAGGUCGACUCGAUCUGCAACUGUCUCUUGAUUGUAACAAUAGUUUUACUGAUGGUGAUUUCGGCGCUUUUCCUCUCCAACACGGUGACUCACAUAGUGCUGACACCUCUGGAGGCGCUGCUAGAUCACGUGCACCACAUGGCGGCGAACAUCUUUAAGUCGAUGGCGGCCUUGGGAACCCAAGCUUCGAUGGCACAGACCGAUGAGGAUGAUGAGCACCGAGAUAGCGCGGAUGCAUUCGGUACGGAGACGCGGCUUCUGGAUCAGACGCUGAAGAAGGUCAUUGCUUUGAGCAAGAUCACGGUGAAGAAGUCGCCGAUCGACUCGGACUCCCUGAGGAGGCUAGGUGGGGGUGGCGAUCUCCAGUGGCUUCAGGCUUACUCCACGGACGCUGGUCUUGGCGAGGUCAUCAAAGAAAAUGCCGAGCUGCUGGACGACAUGGGAUUGCUGGAAGCGGACGUCCAGGAUUUGGCGAUCACGAUUGAGACGAAGAUGACUGAGGUGAGCAUUAGCUGGGACACCUUCUCUCUUUGGGAGCUGGACACCGUGGGCCUCACCGACAAGGAUCGGCACAAUCUGAAUCUCUGCCUCUUCUUCAGCCGCCGAGCCACCUCGAUCCGGGACAAGACGGUGGCGACCGCAGAGUGGCUGGAGCGCUGCGGUAACUUCCUUGAGGAGUGCCAGAGUGGCUACGAUUCGGGCAAGAUCGCACCCUACCACACGUGGCUCCAUGCCGUGGACGCAACCUACACACUGUACCGAAUCAUCAGCCUCAUUGCUGCGGAGCAGUACCUGGGUCAUCUGGAAUGCUUUGGCAUACUGGUGGCGGCCAUCGCGCACGAUAUGGGACACAGGGGUCGCAGCAAUGUCUUCCUGGUCGAGAUCGGCCACGAGCUGGCGAUCCGCUACAACGACAUUGCCAUCCUCGAGAACAUGCACUGCAGCCUGCUGUUCCAGAUUCUCUCACAGGAGAAGAUGAACAUCUUCUCGGAGCUCAGCGAGCCUGUCUACAACCACAUCCGGCACGUCAUCGUUGAUGCAAUCCUUGCCACUGACUUUGCCCAACACACGAGCAUGGUCAAGGAGUUCGAGUCUAUGUACGGUGUGAACGCGGAGCUCUUUGAUACGGCGGAUGAGAUGUACAUGUCCAUGGACGAGUUCCCUCCCAAUGAGCUCCUCGAGUACUUCAAGACACCCGAUGUGAAGAAGAGCUUGAGGACCGUCUUGCUCCACUUCAGCGACAUCUCGAACCCCAUGAAGCCCUUCCCCGUUGCGGAGAAGUGGGCGGGCCUUGUGCUGGAGGAGUUCGCGCUGCAGGGCGACGAGGAGAAGGCCUUGGGUAUACCAGUCGGGCCGCUGAAUGACAGAGACACGGUGAACAUGCCUCUCUCCCAGAUCGGCUUCAUCGAGUUCGUUGUGGCACCGCUGGCCUUGUCACUGGCCCGCAUCCUGCCACCCUUGUGGUUCAGCAACCAGAUGAUUCUGGACAACGCCAACAUCUGGAUGGACAAGUGGAUCGAGGGAACCCUGUUGAAGCCGAGCUUGGAGGAGCAGGUCAACGUCCGCGAGCGGAUUCACCGGAUGGUGCAGAAGACCGAGCAGCGGGGCUAUACGGCGACGAUGACGGCACUGGCCCCACCAACGUGA